AGCUUACUACUUGAAUUACUUCAAGUCAAUUUCAUUUAUACCCAGAGUUAACGAAAUAUUUUCCUCACGAUGUAACAACGAAGAUAAUCGAAUAAUAACCUUCACAUGUGAAAAUGGAUCAGCGAUAAUAAAUUUUCUCAGAUGGGAUGAAAAACAAGAGAUGUUCCUCAGCACAGAAGACUAUUCGAUCAAUCUGGGUCGAUAUCCAGUUUACAUCAAACAAAUUGAAAUGGCUGGUAGAGAUUAUGUAUUUAUUGAAAACGAAGUAGAGAAGUCAGAGGAAAUGAAGGAUGAUUUUACAGAUCAUACCCAUGUUGGUGAAUUGAUUCAUUUCGAUCAAAGCACCAAAUUCAAGCAUACAACAUUUUUAACCAAAGGAACACAUUUUCUAACUUCCUUCAAAAUCGAGAGUAUGAACAGUUUCUGUUUAUUAUUUAUCGAUUUCCCGUUAGAUAUGAACAUACUCUGUUUGGGAGCUGAUGAAGAAUUUUACAUUCAUCAAAGACUGGAAUCAGAGAAACCAUUCAUGGCAUCUGCGUUGAGCGUAGCAGAACAUCAAUACCUGAUUACCAUCAGGAAAGAAGAUCCAAGAACUUCUAUUUGGAAAAUGAACGAUAAAUUCAAGUUUGAAAUAUAUCAGACACUCUACGAAGGUGACCCCAUUAGUCUUUCUUCUAUAUCAUGCACCCACGGAGCUUUCGUUGCAGUGGCUUAUGGACAUUUGCUGAACACCAAGGAGUUUGGGAAGGUGAUAAUAAGAAGAUUCGAUAAAAACUUGGAAGAAUUUGUCAUAUGGCAAACAAUUAAACUAAAAACCCCUGUACAAAUAGAAUUCGCACUGCUUCCAACACAAGAGUUAGUACUGUACAUAACAACAGAAAACCCGGCCGAACCUUUCAAUGUCUACAUCUACGAAGGAAUUUCUGGUUUCAGCAGAAAUGUUGGAGGCUCUACCAUACCCAACAUAAUAAAUAUGAACCAGUUUUCAUUGAAAAAUGGACACUUUGUUGUUGUGAAACAUUAUUAUGAAAUCGGAGUAAUUCAAGCUGUAUUCAAAGGUAGUAAACCCGAUUUUUAAUCAUUGGAAAAUGAUGUAAUUUGAAAGUAUAUUUAGUGAGAAUAUUAUUGUUAUGAUUGUUAUGUUUACAUACAUGUUAUAUAUAAGGUACGAUACAACAUACAUGUUCAAGUUUUUAUUCUGGGAUUUAUUCCAUGUUAAUAUAUGUAAAUAAAUACUUAAGAAAUCA